AUUGCUUUUUGUGUGGACUUGCAGCUUCUUACUUGAUAUUAUGGAGUCAACACAAGAAGGAAAAGAAAAGUGGAAGGGCAAUGCCAAAACAGAAGUAAUAGGAGCAAAAGCAGAACAAGUAUGGCCUCUUUUGGAGGAUUUCUUUGGCCUUGAAAAGUGGUUCCCCACUCUCUCAACAUGCCUUCCUGUUGAAGGUAUCUCUGGCAAACCUGGGUGUGUGCGCUUCUGUGCAGGUUUCAAGACCCCUGUGGAUGGAAAUGACAAACAAACCAUGAAUUGGACUAAGCAGAAACUGCUAUCCAUUGACCCUACUCAUUGGACAUUUAGCUAUUCAAUCAUAGAUGGAAAUGUUGGGUUUCACUCCUAUGUUUCAACAUUGAAAGUACAGCCAAAGGAAGAUGGAUGUGAGAUUGAGUGGCUGUAUGAAGUUGAACCUGUUGAAGGGUGGAGAUUGGAACAUCUUGAUUCCUUUAUUGGCUCGGGCUUGCAGGUUAUGGCUCAGAGGAUGCAGGUAGCUUUGAAGAUCAUGGAAGAAGCUCUGAGAGCUUCAACUUAAACUAAUCAUCAUGAGUGGUCACCGAGAUAAGAACCAUAGGCACUUUUUCAGAUUUUUAGUUACUUUUAUUGCUAUGUUUGCGAAUUUCAGUGUGUCAUUACUUAUUAGUAGAAACUGAAGGUGUGUUAAAAGUGAUGUUGUGUUGUGUUGUGGUGUGUUGUGUUGUGUUUCAGCAAUAAAAUAAGCUGGAUUUCAGUGUGUUUCUGUCUUGACGCAUGCUACAGUGGGAGUCUCAUUUGUGGACAUCCAAAUUCUUGUAAACUCCAUUGAGAU